AUGGUUGCCCGCUUGUGUAGGGUUUUACCCGCCAAGAGCUUUCUCAAAAGAAGAUAUGCUUCUCAAAGUUCCAGUUCUGAAUCGUCUCAAGACCCAUCUUGGCCCAAGAAUAGCCAUCCUACACCUUACGAAAUUUUUGGUCUUCCACAAGGCCAAGUCGACUCACGUCACUUGAAGAAAAAAUACCACGCUUUGGCCAAACUGUAUCACCCUGAUAUUUCUAACGGUAUCAACGUAGUGCAAGAUGGUGCGGCUCAUAGUCAUCAUAGCUAUCAAAUCGAUGAGUCUGCUGUUAUGUCGCCCCAGGACAGACUAAGUCGAUUUCAAGUGAUGAACGAAGCAUACGAACUUUUGAAAGAUUCUCGUAAGAAGAGCGCAUACGAUCGUUUCCGUACAGGUUGGGUAUACGCUCCUGCAAACGUCCGAAAUGCUGCUUACUCUUCAGCUGCAGCGACAGCACAUGGCUACCACAACAAUCAUAACUACCAAUACUGGAAUGCAGGCACUUGGGAAGAUAUCAACAGGAUGCAUGAUACUGAUUCAGACAAAAAACUGUCGUUUUGGGUGGUUCUGGCUUGGUUUUGUGGACUUGUGGUGUGCGUUCAGUGUACCGCCUUGUUGACACGAAUUGAAGAAACGCUAACGAAGGGUCAUCUCACGCAUGAUGAUACCGAAAACGACUUGCUCCAAGCAUACGUUAAUUACGGACUUGACACAGAUAAGUGGUCAAGACUAAGACGGUUUUUGUGGUUCAGAACAUACGGAAUGUAUCGAUCCAAAGACGAUUUGGACAGAGAAGCUCAGAAAAACGAAAAGAUUGUGCAAGAGCUCAAGAGCAAAGAACUGGGUCGAUAG